AUGCCGCCUCCGCCUCCGCCUCUCGCUCAGGAGAUGCCCCGCCCGGCCGCCGCCGCCGCCCGGGAGGACCACGCGACCAUGGACGUCGCACGCCCAGCAGCAAGGUGUGAGAUAUGUGGGAGUGGAGAGAACCAGCACGUUAUGUUCAGCUGCAUCCAGUGCAACGGCUGUCAACAUCGUUAUUGCCUGCUGGUGGUGGAGUUUGAAAUGAGAUAUGACUGGUGUUGCUCUGAAUGCAAAAAAAAGGCUAAUGGGGACCCAAAACCUAUUCAAGGUGAAAAAACAGAGUUUCAAAGGCCUGAGAAGGGUCACAGAAAUGUGGCCCAUCAAAUUGGUGUUAAAACACCACAGAUAUAUGAAAAUUCUAAAGUGAAGUUCAUUCGCUGUGAAGAGGAGGCACUGUUGAGUAGAGAGAGGCCAGCAGUUCAUUAUACGCGAAGAUUUGUCGCGCGACGUAGUCAGGUUAAGCCUGCAUCUCCACCAAAUCUGAAGUGCUCAUCCCCCAGUAGACAGGUUCAUCCUGCAUCUCCUCCACGUAUGAAAUGCAUAUCACCCAGUAGACAGGUCCAUCCUGCAUCUCCAACUAUGAAAUGCAUAUCACCCAGUAGACAGGUCCAUCCUGCAUCUCCAACUAUGAAAUGCAUAUCACCCAGUAGACAGGUUCAUCCUGCAUCUCCCUCAAGCAUGAAACCUUCGUCCAGUAUGAAGGGCAUACUUCCCAGUAGUCAGGGUCGCCCUCCAUCUCCUCAAAGUAUGAAACAGUCGUGCAGUAUGAAGUGUGUAUCUCCCAGUAGGAGUGAUGGUCAAGCAGUUUCCUUGAAGCGAUGCGCUGUUGCAAGUCAAAACCCGAUAAAAGCUGAUGAUACGAAGAAGAGACAGAAAGUGCAGUCAGACAUUAUUUUUGAAAAAACAGGUGCGACGAUUCCUACGAUUCCACAUAAUACAAAAGGAGAAGUUACGAGAAUUGACCAGCAGCUUCAAGAUCAGCCUAAAGAAGAGAAGGUAGCCAAUGCAGAUGGAGGAAAAUGCAACUCCUGGAUAGACGAUCAACCUACUGGGAAAAGUGCACUCAAUGCUUCAGUGCUAACAGAUGCUGAUAGUGGAUGUGGAUCUGGAACAAAGAGUCUGCACAACAAUAUAGACAUGCCAGUGAUCAUCAGCUCAAGUGCAGAGUAUGCAAGACGCCCUCCACCAGAAGGACAUUGCUGGAAGGGAUGCUUUCUCCUCUCUGAUGGAGAAAGUUCUAAUCUUGGUGAAUUUAAAGCAUACUUCCCAUCUGUAGUAUCACCCAGAGUUUGUGAUAUCGCCAAGAAGAUGCCUAACAAUAUACAGUUGAAGAUAUCACCUCGAAUGAAUUACUGGCCAAAGACCUUUGACGAAUUCUGUCCAGUUUAUGAUGACAUUGCCUUGAUAUUUUUCCCUGCUGAACUUGACUGUUAUAACAAAAAGCAUCCUCGUCGCUUGGAGGCGUACAACAAUUUUGUCAUGAAGGCAUAUAUUGAUGACAUCAUGCUGUUGAUAUAUUCCUCGGAAGUGCUUCCACCUGAUUCUCAGUGGAUAGACGGAGAGAAUUACCUAUGGGGAGUUUUUGUGAAGCCGAAGGCAAAGAGCAAUCAUGCGCACUUAGGUUCAGUUGCUACAUGA